AUGGACGCUGACUUGUCCCCUGAGCAAAGAAUAUUCAACGCUUGGUAUGUUCAGUUAACAUUUAAAUUCUUCAAAAUCAAUAACAUUAUCUGUUUUGGUUACAGGACCUGUUUGUUUUUCUUUAGAGCAUGGAGAAAUUCAUCAAUUACAAAGCGAAAAACGGUUGAAAAUUGUAUCACCACGAACUGUUACUGGGGGAUCGAAAUCAAUGCCCACGCCCUUAUCAACUUCACCGUGUUGUGCAGAGAGAAAAACUACGAGUUUGAUAUAACCUUGCUGCAAAGCCAAACCUGCGAGUCCUUUUUCCGAGCAGCCCGAUCUUUUACCUCGACUGAGUCAACUGUCGUAAAUUUCAACAUGCAGACAUUUGAAUCACGUCUAAACCGAAUCGAGGCAAGGAUUGGGAUUAUGCACAGCAGAAAAGACGAUUUUAUAUUUCCGCAGCUGAGAACUAUCGACGAGCAGCAACCAGAACGAGGACUUCCGUCGGAUGCAACAAUUAUAGAAAUUGUUGAAAAAAGUCAAGCUGAGGCAGUUCGUUUGCUGAAAAUCUUCGAGCUGGAUAAACCUGACUUUUCAGAAAGCAUUUAUAUCAGGGAACCGAAAACCAAGCGCGGCGACAAUGCCAACUUUGAAUUCGUUGCUGUGCCUGAACAUUUCGAACAAGAAACGGGCGUGGAUGUGUUCGAUAUAGAAGAAAUCAACAUGAACAUUUCGUCAGAGCUGCACGUUAAGGACUCCAAGGAUUGUAACAGUCGCAACACAUUCAAAAUUAGAGAUAAGAGUGGAAAAGUGGUUGAUGUCAAAAAAUCUACAUUCAUUUGGAUGUUGAAGGAAGAUGUUGAUAGUAGAGUUUCAACGGAUCGGGUUCACCGAUUCAACGAGAAGAGCAACAAGGAACCAAUUGUGUUGGUUCACGAAAAUCAAAUCCGCGAAAACGUUGUUGUUGGAGAAUGGCUUUUAAUUAAGUUCGAUAAUUCAUUCUUAGUAACUAAAGUGUACCAGUUUACAUACUUAAGUGGGAAGCGGAAAGCAUAUUCUGGACUGACGGCCCCGGUCGAGGCACCUGAAGGCGUUGAUAGGAAAGGAAUUAAACUCAGAGGAAACUUUUUUGAUUUGAUCUACAUAGAAGGUGAAUACCGGUUGGAAAUGGUUGAGAAAAGUGAAAAAAUGUGCGUAGGAAUUGAAAACUAUGUAUCCCAUCUGGAAAAACCAAAAUUCACCUCACAAGGGUUUGUUAUCUACUCUGGAAGAUCCGCUGAUUACCUUAGUUCGAAGAUUGUUUAGAAAGAAGCACUAAACACUAACAAAUACAUACAUAAAAGAUAUACAUAAACAAAACAUUAAACUGUUCUUUUUAUUAUUCCCAUCUCACUUAAUGGCUCUUCUGCUAUGGUAUUUUUUAUAUAUUUCUGUGGCAUUGUCCCAUUUACAUUGUUUUGUUUGAUUUGUCAUGUAAAUUGUUACUGAUUUUACUAUAAGAAAGGCCUUUUUUUUUUUUUUCAUCUCGAUUUAUUAUACUAAUGUUUAUUUAGACUCUUGAACUUUUUCAAAAUAAGAGAAGAAAUUUGCAUGAAAAAGUGGUUUUAAGAGGAUAAUUGCUAGAUUUAAUGACGGAAAAACGAGCGCGCAAAACUCUCUUUUGAAAAAUAUCUGCGUUGUCCCGUCACGAGAAGAAGUAUAUCGUUUGUUGUGCGCUAUCUUGUGACAUAUACCAUUUUGGUCGAACAUGAGUCGAUGAUGACGUUUUGCUAUACUUAACAAACACUACAAGAUGCAUUAAUCCGAUUUUGGGAACUCGCUUCCGUUUCUCGGAUGUCGCAAAACACAUUUGUGACAUAGACCAUUUUAUCAUACACGUCAUACAUGUUGUUAGAAAAUGUGGAAUUUUUUAAAAAGAUAAACAUAUUUGUGUUGAUACUUAUUUUUUUUUAAAGCAUUUCCAUCUUUUGAUUUUGAAAAUAUUCUGAUUAAACCAUUGAUUUAAGUCUUCUUUAGUUUGUAUGGGAAUUCUGUGCACACUUGUGACACGUAGUACAAUUUUAUUUUCAAAACACACUUGUGACACGUGCUUUUCAGAUUUUUGUUUACAUAAUUUGCUGUAUCUUUUAACUGCACUCAAAAAAAAAUGAGUUCGCGUACACGUGAACAGCGUUCAUGCCAACGGGAACCAGGAAGAAAACUGUUCAUCUUUUAUAGUGCAUUGCACCAAGAAAGUGAACAGUUUUCUUCCUUGUUCCCGUUGGCAUGAACGCUGUUCACGUUUACGAGAACUCAUUUUUUUGAGUGUGGUGUAACCAGAUUAGUUGAAACUUGGAGCGUUUGUUUGGCGAUAGUAUACGAACCGAUUGCUUCAAAUAGUUUGACUCAAUCAUUCAUAGUUUUGAAAUUAUUUACACUCAAACUUUAAAAAUCGAAAAAUCGAAAAGUUCCAAAUGGUCAUUGUCAAAGAGAGUUUUGCGCGCUCGUUUUUCCGUCAUUGAGUCUAGCAGUUAUCUUCUUAAAACCACUUUUUCAUGCAAAUUUCUUCUCUUAUUUAUGUUUUUGAGUUUCAACUAAACUUUACAAAAAAAAAAAACUUAUUUCACACUUAAACUCUCGUCCUCAAAAUUAUUCCGCGAGCUAACAAUUUAGCGAAAAAUGCAAAGUGCAACACAAAUUUUUUAACAGUGAAAAGAUAUCCAUCCGUCGCGGAAAAUGUUUUUACGAGGAAAAUGGCGUCAUGUUUUAGCACUUGUUGGGCUACGCCAUCCGGAGAGAGAAAACUUAGUGGUGUUAGUGUAUCUAUAAUUUUCUCUCGCGAAAAUAGUUGUGAAAAAGCAGAGUACAGAGAGAAACAGUUUUUUUUGCCGCGCGCUCCUGGCUCCUCGCUCUUCCCGGAAAAGAAGACACUUGAGAGCCGAGAGAACAUGCUGGACAGUGUUGGUGUUGGUGUAACGAAGGCGGCCAACAACAGCAGCUUGACGCGCCGAUUGCGGAGGAAGUUGCAGCUUGAAACCCGCAUGGCGCUACUGCUUCGGACCCGGUGAGAGCGUUCCUUUUAUGUUUUGCUUUGUUUCUCUUCUUGAAUGGUGUUAGUGUGAGCAAGCGAAUGUUCGUGAUUACGAUGUGAGAGAAUGAGUGAUUGGCUGUAUGUGUGUGUGCUUCUCUUCCCGAAUACCACAGUUGACUCACAGUAGAGGUCACAAACUCACAGAUCGAAUCCGUGUCAAAUUCAAUUUUCGUAUUUUGAAGUAGAACUACGCCGCGUCUUUUGAAAUUUUAUUUUUUAUGCUUUUUAACAGUUCACGUCGCGUUCGUUGCGGAAGGUUUCCGUUGUCGUCGUUCGUUUUACCUCGUGUUUGUUUGUUUUUUGCCUUUCUUCGGUUAAUUGUUCGGCUAGAGACACCAAUGUUGCUAUUGCUGAAAAUAACAAAUGCACAAUAUAUUUUCCCGGCGAUUCAGUCUUUCCACAGCCGGCUGUCUAAGAAUGAAUCGAUUUUAAUUUAACACCAAAUUUUCUCUUACUAUUUACUCGAUACAGCCGGCUGUAUGAGUUUAAAACCUACUUAAACGUAAAAUUGAAAAUAUAUAAAUCAUUAUUUUCCUCAGUACAGCAGGCUGACUGAGUAUAAU